AUGCGUGAAGAGAUUGCAAAUAGGCCGUCGAAAGUGCCUGCACCUAUCAAGUUCACGGAUGCAGUCGGGAGGAAGUUCUUCUUCCCUUGGAACAUUAUUCAAACGUGGGCGGGCAUGGAGCAGCUCAUACGAAGUUCGUUCCGCAACAUCCCAGUCAUCAGUUCGCACGUCCAGCAAGGGCACUACAACCUCCUUGGCUCCGACGGCGCGGCCAUCCUUCCUCAACUCUGGGGGGCCACAAUCAAGCCAAACAUGGAAAUCUCCAUGUAUAUGUGGCCGCUUCCUGACCCGCCUCCGCCUCCUCCUCCUCCUCCACCGCCGCCACCUGCUUUCCAGCAUAUUCCAGGUCCGGCACCUUCACCACCCCCAGGACUCCUCCCGCCAUUAUCCCGGCCCCCGACUCCGUCCAUUGCCUAUAUUCGUGUCGUAUAUGCGGCGAAGGCGCCCUCAGAUAUCGGUAUCGAGUACGACUACUUCUUCGAGCGUGUCGACCGUGAUGGCAAGGGUGAGGAAGAGGACGAGGAUUCUGCGACCUUUUCAUGGAAGUUUUGCCAGGAAGAAACUCAUCUCACCCUACAUGAAACAUCAGUCGCGGGAGAGCGCUGGGAGAGAGCCGAAAUCUGCAGUGACAGUACAUAA